UCACAUAGAUUUGGCAAUCAUACACAAUCAGAACACAAAGAAAACAAACAACUUCUCGUAAUAGCAGUGUAAAUAGUAAUAUAUUUAUAUUUUCUAAUUAAAAAUAAUAAUUCACUCCGGAGUGUUUACAAUAAGAAUAUUAUGGAUUGUGACGAAAUGCAGGUCAUAGAAGAGCCAAAUCUUUCUGAACGCAAAGAGACAGGGAAAAGGGGGCGCAAACCUGGACGAAAAGCUUCAACCGAAAAAGUUGAUAUACGUGCCAAAUUAGAGCGCAGUCGUCAAAGUGCAAGGGAAUGUCGCGCACGUAAGAAAUUACGAUACCAGUAUUUGGAAGAGCUAGUGGCGGAUAGAGAAAAGGCAGUGAUAGCUUUACGAGAAGAACUGGAGCGAUACAAAAAAUGGAGCACAGAACUUAGUGAAGGUAACAUACCCGAUGGCUUUCAACAAUUACUAGAAGAAGCAGGAGUUUUAAAACAAGAACAAGUGAUGUGAAACUAAAUACCUCGAUACGUCGUUUUUAACUGUUUUUUAGUUUUGUUUUUGUUUAAUAUAAAGUUUUUAGGUUUUAAUUAGUUGAGAUUGCUAAGAUGUCAUUAACUAUUUUUUAUGGAAUUAAAAAUUAUAAAAAAGA